AUGGCUGAAGCACUUAGUAUGUUCAACAGUAGUGAGGACGAAAGCGAUUUUGAGGGGUUUUUAAUCGACGAAACGGUUGAAGAAACAUGGCCUAUCGCAGUGGGAACAUCGGCGGUUUCGUGGAGAGACAUAGCGGGCGAUUCAGACUUUCACGGUUUUUCUGACAUCGAAGUUCAAGAACUCGACAGCGAUAGUGUGAGCGAAAGUGGAAGCUAG